GGAAUGGGCGUUUAUACUAUUACCCGAUGCCUUUAAUGAAUCGCUGCUUUCGGACAUAGUUCGGGCGUCAUGAUGAUGGAAAUAGAGAGCUUUCGGAGGGGUGUUUUGGCACGUCUGGUGGUGGGGUAAAUACGGAUCAAUGUGUCGAUGAUGUUAAAUAGCUUCUACCUCUUUUACCUAUUAAUGAGUAGCUUGUGCUUCUACUUAUUCUUCUUUUUCUUCUUCCCAUAUAAGCAUUACCUCCUCAUCUAGCCAAUUCCCAACCUUGUGGCUGUAACUGUAUCAACCCCUCCAAAACACCAUGGCGAGCAUCACCACCAACGCCUCCAUCGCCUCUUUUGGCGGCCGCUUCCUCAAGCUCACCCACCAAUCCUCCGUCACCGGCGGCUCCAUGAACUUCACCCUCUUCCUACCCGCCGGCAUCUCCGAGUCCGAACCCGCUCCGCUGCUCAUCUACCUGUCCGGCCUGACAUGCACCCCCGACAACGUCACCGAAAAGGGCUUCCUGCACGCCCACGCCGCGCCCCUCAAGCUCGCGCUUCUGUAUCCCGACACGUCGCCCCGCGGCACGAACCACCCCGGCGAGCACGAUUCCUGGGACUUUGGCAGCGCUGCGUCCUUUUACAUUGAUGCUACCCAGGAGCCGUGGGCGCAAAACUACAAGAUGGAGACAUACAUCACCAAGGAGCUGCCCGAGCUCGUCUUUUCGCAGUUUAAGCAGCUGGAUCCGCAGCGUGUGUCUAUUACGGGCCACUCUAUGGGCGGUCACGGAGCUUUGACGCUGUUUUUGAAGAACCCUGGCAAGUACAAGAGUGUCAGCGCGUUCUCGCCCGUGUCGAACCCGAGUGCGUGUCCGUGGGGGGAGAAGGCGUUUACGGGAUAUUUGGGGGCCGACAAGGAGGAGUGGAAGAAGCAUGAUGCGACGGAGCUGGUGAAGCACUGGAAGGGAUAUCUGAAUGCUCUGCUUGACGUGGGCACCGCCGACAACUUUUACAAGCAGAGACAGCUUCUGCCCGAGAACUUUGCAGAGGCCACCAAGGCUGCGGGCAUCGAGGGCCUGCAGCUACGAUACCAAGACGGUUAUGACCACUCAUACUUCUUCAUCUCAACCUUUGGCGAGGACCAUAUUAAGCACCAUGCCAAGCAUCUGGGUUUGUUGUAAUUGAUUGGUCCUUUGUACAUAUAUGAAUGGCACACAUGAAAAGGAGAAUGUCUGAAGAAAUUACCUACACAGCAUGAUGCCAGAGAAAUGGGGUAACGAUAUGAUGAGACGACGAGCUGCAAAAAGCAGCCAAAUUCCGCUGCUAAAAUACUCAAAUGCAUCUGUAUAUAUAAACACACUCUGCAGAGAGUAUCCGAAAAGAUUAAAUCAGAUGACAAGAAAAGAAGA